AUGAUAAUUAGAACACCAACAAGAACAAAGACAAAAUCAUUCCAUGGGCCCCAGAUGACAUUCAAAUUUCCCUCCACGGAAAGUUUAGCGAAAACGAAUUUGGACGAGUACCACCUUAAUAACCAUCACUUACUGAACCAUUACCAUAAGAACGCAGACAGUGACGAUGCUUCUCAGAUCCUCUCGGACUACACUUCCAACUCGAAUACUAAUACGAAUUCGGGGCGCUCCUCAAAUGGAUAUUAUUCGUUCGCCAAUAUUUCUGACAACACAACGGAAUCACCAGGUUAUAACUUCAAAAGUGGAGUGUCGGGCGCUCUUGGGGGAACUGGCGGUGCAGGAGGAAAUUUAGCAACUCACGAAAGCUUAGUGCGUAAAUCGGAUCAGCAGACAACGCCAAAGUUAGAGCCAAUGGAGUUGCAUACAGAUGGAUCAUCACCCGGAUCAAUGUCUCCAAUGGAGGCCAUUCCAGAAAAUGCUUUUACUUCGGUGUCUACAAUCUUUGCAUCUAUUCCAACCGCUGAUAACUAUUCAUACCACAUAUCUUCAUCGGUGUCUUCGACAAAAUCAAUAAGAAACAGAAAACCAUCAUCAGUACGAAGAGAUCCCAUUUCCAAACUACAGAACAUUCCACCUAUUACUCAAAUAAAUACGGCGUCUAGUAUUGAGACAGACUCCGUGAAAUCUAAACCUGCUUCAAGACUAAAGAGAUCAAAAGCGAUACGAUGCCGUGGUGGUCUUUUGCAAUACUUCAUAUAUCUAGGUUUGAAAAUUAAAAAGCACUUGCGCAAAGUUAUUCAAGCUAUACAUAGGAAGCUUUUCCAAAGCAAAAAGCAUAACAAUGGGAGCAGAAAUUCAUCUUCAAGCUCGAAAUAUAUUCCUAAAAAGAGAAAUUUAAACUCAAACAAAUCUAAAUCUAAAUCUAAAUAUAAUAAGAUGGCCAGCAGAUCUUCAAGUACUGCUAAUCUAACGACGUCCCACUUGAAAAGGACACAACGUUAUGUGAAUAAUUUGCAAAGAGAAAUGUCCAACAAGUCCUUAAAACCUGUACUUUUAGAUGAGGAUAGCACAAGGAAAGUGUCAAAGAAGGAAACCAUGACCAAGAAGAUAACACCUACAGCAAAAGAAAUAGGACGUAACCCGACAACAUCCCUGCGACGCACAAAUUCAUCCAUCAAGAGAGCUGCAUCUGUUAUCAGAACAAGAACAGAUGACCCCAGACAAAUAUCAACAUUGCCAUAUAAUCGCCAUUCUACUGAUAAAAAUGCAGAAAACACGAAAGUAUCAUCUACUGAAGACAAAAAACGCGAAACAGGCGGUUUACCUAGAUCUGUUGCGUCGAAGUCAUUGAGCUCACUGGCCCGUCAGCCUUCAAUAGUCGUCAAAAACAAAGUGAUUCCGCUCUCGAUACAUCCUUACGCUAUCGAAGAGGAAGAAGAGGGUAAUAGCGUUGGAGAUGACGACGAGUACGUUAUAAGUACCAACGAGAUGAGACCGGUAAGUGCAAGGAGCUCAUGCUCCUCUGCGGAGGAUUUCUUCGAAGAUGCGGAAGAUCUGGAAGACGCAGAAGAUCUGGAAGAAGCAGAAGAUCUGGAGGAAACCGAAAGUAUCGCAUUUACGGAAGACUCGAGGAAUGUCUUAGCCGAAGCAUUCAAGCAUUAUUUGAGUUCGGUCAUUUCCCAACGUAUUAUGUUGAGACUGCAAAUCGCCAAACAUCAAGAGACUGGCGCAAACAGUUCCUAUGUAGAUCUAAUGGAAUCCAUAAUCAGAGAAUACGAGGCUCCUUCAACGUCCUCAUCGUUGACACCAUCCGUGAGAGAUCUCACACCAUGCAACAAAAUACAAGAUGACAUCACAAAUUCAAAACCUCAACAGGAAUUCAGCAUAACAUCUCCCUUCGGUAAGAAUGGUUCGCGCUUGAAACAUAGCAAUAGCAUGAUCUCAUUAUCGGCACAAACCGUCAAAAGAUCCCUAACCUUGCCGAUUGGCAUCAAGGUCUAA